AUGCUGCGGGGCGGCCGGAGCCCGCUGCCCCCGGCGACGGGGCCCCCCAGCGAGGCGCGGGGCCCGGCGGGCGCUCCCGGAGCGGCGCAGGUGGCGGCGGGCAGCCUGCUGGCCCUGCUCAUCCUCUGGACGCUCUUUGGGAACGUGCUCGUGUGCGCGGCCAUCGUCCGCUACCGGCACCUGCGGAGCAAGGUUACCAACAUCUUCAUCGUGUCCCUGGCCGUCUCGGACCUACUGGUGGCCCUGCUGGUCAUGCCCUGGAAGGCGGUGGCAGAGGUAGCUGGGUACUGGCCCUUUGGGGCUUUCUGCAACGUCUGGGUGGCCUUUGAUAUCAUGUGCUCCACGGCCUCCAUCCUCAACCUGUGCGUGAUCAGUGUGGACAGGUACUGGGCUAUCUCCAGCCCUUUCCGCUACGAGAGAAAGAUGACCCAGCGCUUGGCUCUGGUGAUGAUCAGCGUGGCAUGGGCACUGUCCGUGCUCAUCUCCUUCAUCCCUGUCCAGCUCAACUGGCACAAAGAUAUGAGUACCACAUGGGUGGCAUUAGCAGCAGUGAGACCCUCUGAUGGGACCUCUGGCAGCAAUGAUACCCUCACUGGACCAUCGGAGAGCUGUGACUCCAGCCUCAACAGGACUUAUGCUAUUUCCUCCUCCUUGAUCAGUUUUUAUAUCCCGGUGGCUAUCAUGAUAGUUACCUACACUCGAAUCUACCGCAUUGCCCAGGUGCAGAUUCGUCGGAUCUCUUCCUUGGAGAGGGCAGCUGAGCAUGCACAGAGCUGCCGGAGCAGCCACAUUGACUGCCACCAUCACACAAGCCUCAAGUCGUCCAUCAGGAAAGAAACCAAGGUGUUGAAGACGCUCUCUGUCAUCAUGGGUGUCUUUGUCUGUUGCUGGUUGCCAUUCUUCAUCCUGAACUGCAUGGUUCCCUUCUGUGAGAGCCCACCCAGUGACCCCCACGCUGGCCUCCCCUGCGUCAGUGAGACCACCUUUAAUAUCUUUGUCUGGUUUGGUUGGGCUAACUCUUCUCUUAACCCCAUCAUCUAUGCCUUCAAUGCUGACUUUAGAAAGGUUUUCUCCAACCUCCUUGGAUGCGGUCAGUUUUGCUCUGGUACUGCCGUGGAGACUGUUAAUAUAAGCAAUGAGCUUAUCUCUUACAACCAGGACACCCUUUACCAUAAGGAGAUAGUGACUGCUUAUGUUAACAUGAUCCCAAAUGUGGUUGACUGUGAGGAAAAUCGCCAGGACCCUUUUGAUAGGAUGUCCCAGAUCUCCCCUGACCAUGAGGUUGCCACUGACUCUGCCUGUGAGCUGGACUGUGAGGGGGAAAUUUCGCUAGGCAAGAUAACACCUUUCACUCCAAAUGGUUUACAUUAAAUUGUGUCCUGGUCUGGUCAGUUCUUCUUGGAUUAUAAAAGAUAAUAUUAGCACCGAGUGGAGAAACCUGCUUGAUGAUGUGCUGUAGUUUGCAG